GCAUCAGCACCUUGCUCUCGACUCACACGAAUAAACCGGCUGUCGGUCAUUACAGCAGGCAGAUGCAGACAUGCCAUAGCAGGGCGAAGCCGAGGCUGCCCGCGGGUCGUAUAUGCCCUGCCAAGGCGUCCCAUUGCGAGGAGCGAGAAGGGUGCAUUAUAUGCAUAGAGUGCAGUACAUCUUUGGGCAGCAAAUGUCGGCGACGGACGAGAGAACGGGUGUCGUAGGUCUGAGAAGGGUAGUCUGGCUUUUUCGAGCAGACCAUGAUUGUAUAUUACACAUGAGAACCACGGGUAUCAUUGGAGUCCGACCACGAGAAACAGCAGGAACGGAACGAUCACUGGAGGAGUACGAGGGAUUACAAGGUCCAUUCGAGCAAGGACACAGCAAAGAGAAAGAAAGGACAUCUAAAGACGAUGACGAGCAUCUAGUCGUCGCGUGCGCGGGCUUUACCCUUCCCAUUCAUGGUGCUGCCCGACCCAGAGGCGUUGGCGCUGCCAGAACCAGAGGGAGAGUUGUCGGCGCCAGCUACGACAUGAGACCCUUCGCCACCGAAAGACGUGGCACCGAGGUAGCGAGCAGAAGUUGCAGUGAGAGUGGGAUCAUUUGGAGACUUGUUCGCACCGAGAUCGAACCACGUAGACGCAUAGGGUCCCAUAGAGUCCAGAAUGUCCGCAAGGUCGGGGAGGUAGACAGUCGGCAGAGGCCCUUCCGCAGGCGGAGGGAGUUGUGGACGAGGCAUCUCUUCGCCCAGCUUCCGGGCGUAUCUGGAGCCAGUGUAGUAGUCUUUCCAGGCCUUGCUUUGUAUUGCUUCAGCCGCCAAGGAGUCGUAGCGGAGCUGCGACUGGAGCCGCACGUGCUUGAAGGCGAUGUCAGCCACCGCCGCCGUCCUCUGCCAGUUUGUGGUGUGAACGCCGAAGCGAAAGCCUUCAAAGGCAAGGGCCUAGUAGAGGCGGCCUGCAUGCGCUUGGCAGCGGACUUUUUGGAAGCUGCUGCGGUCUUUGGAACAUCGUCAUCGGACGUCUCCAGAGGUGUCAAUGUGGAUAUAUGCUGGGCAAUACCGAGUAACUUACUGCUACGUUCUUUGGAACAUCAUCAUCGGACAUCUCCGCGUCCUUUGGGGGGACGAAAUCAUCGUCACUAGACUCUUCCGACGAAUCUAAGGACUCGUCGUCCGAGUCCUGGUCGCGAGAUGCG